AUGUUGCACAGUAUCGUCUUUCUCUCAGCAUUGCUUGUAUCAUGCCUGCCCAGUAUCACCUUUGCAGAUGACACCCAAAGUCCCCUCCAUGACACCCAUCCCAAAGCCAAGGCCAAGAGGAUAGCUAUCGUCGGCGCUGGCGCUGGCGGUUCCUCCGCUGCCUACUUCUUGAACCAAUUCUUCGAGUCCGCCGGAUACGACACUGCCGUCGAGAUCACCAUCUUUGACUCCAAUACCUACAUCGGUGGGCGGACAACUACGGUCAAUGCCUUUGAUGACAAGAACUAUCCCGUUGAACUAGGAGCAAGUAUCUUCGUGAAGAUCAACCAUAUCCUAUACAACGCUACGCGAGACUUCGGUCUCAGCACCGCUGCAAAGAUCUACCAGGCCGCAGAUGAUGCAAAAUAUGACUUGGGAAUCUGGGACGGCACGGACUUCGUCUACAAGGCCGAGAGCGAUGAAGACGACGAAGACGGCGGGAACAAGUCCUCGUGGCGUGGUUGGUGGGACAUUGCAAAACUACUGUGGAAGUACGGCCUCGCACCCAUCAAAACCCAACGUGCCACGAAAACCGCCGUGGGCAAGUUCCUCGAGUUCUACAACGAGCCGUGGUUCCCUUUCACUUCACUGCAAGACGUGGUCCACCGCUCGGGCUUAGUGGACUACACAAAUACCACAGGCCGAGACCUCCUCAGUCAGCUCGGCGUGGGAGACCUCUUUACCCGGGAGAUUAUCCAAGCGAGCACACGGGUCAACUAUGCAUCCAACCUGGGCAGCAUCCACGGUCUCGAGACAUUAGUCUGCAUGGCGAUCGAAGGGGCCGUGGCCGUCGAGGGCGGCAACUGGCAGAUCUUCGCCGAGAUGGCCAAGACGUCCGCACACCGGAUCUGGCUGAACACGACGUUGACGGACAUCGUCAAGGACAGCGAAACAGGCAGAUUCACAGUCCAAACAUCCAACCCACUCUUCCACGACCUCCCAGGGACAGAGAACGAGUCCUUCGACACCAUCAUCCUCGCCGCGCCCUACCAGUUCGCGUCCAUCGCAUUCUCCCCACCGCUAGCCACUCCACCCCAGGAAAUCGCAUACAACGACAAAUACGUCACGCUCUUCACAUCACCACACCGGCUCUCACCAUCAUUCUUCGGGCUCGACACGCCUGCGGAAGUCCCGUCCUCCGUGCUGACGACACUGAGCGAAUCCCUCAACGACGACCUCAGCUCCAAACACGGCCGCGAAGCCGUCGGACCCCCGGGGUUCUGGAGCAUCAGCACGCUCCGCACUCUCUAUACCAACCCGGUCUCGCCGACCCCGCAAUACCUGUACAAGAUCUUCUCGGCGGCGCCUCUGACCGCGACAUUCCUCGCCAAGCUCUUCGACAUCCCCUAUACUAGCACCCACCACCACCACCACUCCUCAGCAGCAGACUCGGACUCGGAGUCGGAUCCAAUAUCAUCCCUACCCAACACGUCCAUCACGUGGUCCUACGAGAAGACAUGGGCGGCGUAUCCGCACGAGACGCCGACGGCGCGGUUCGAGAACUUCACGCUGCCGUUUGCGGAUCAGCCGGACAGGUUUGACGGCUCCUCGCGCCUGUGGUAUACCAGUGGCAUUGAGAGCUUUAUCUCCACCAUGGAGACGUCGGCGCUGGCAGGCCGCAAUGUCGCGAGGCUGAUUGUUGAUCGGCUGGUGGCCGAGGCGGAGGCUGAAGCGGAGGCCAGAGUGUAA